AUGCCCAACUGGCUGGGCAAGACGUUGUUCUACUUUCAAUCAAUUGCCGCCUACUCUAUCCCUAUUUUCAAGACACAAGAGGUUGAUUUCGAGUGGCUUUCGACUGUUGUUACUGCUCGCAGAAGAGCCCCGUGGACCAUUUACGCGAUUGCCCUACCUUUCGCGGCUUGGACAACCAUUGUUCUCACAAAGGGCAUCGACAUCUCCACCGCCGGACAACUUACUCCCGUGUGGAUUUCAUCCGGCUUGAUCAGCCUCGCCAUCUACGAACGAAAGCACCGAUUCAACACAGCGUUGAGAAGACAAAAACAGUCUCAGCGAACGCAUUUGGCUGUCCACCCUCAACCAGAAGAUUCAGACAGCAAGAAAUUGAAGUCUGAUGGGCCCUUCGACGCCCCGAAGGCGAACAACGAACCCAUUCCGAAGCCUCCUACCUCCAAGUCGUCUCCACAACGAAGCCGCUCCAAGAGACGCAUCUAUCCGAAACGAAGUCGUGCUCGCCAAUUCUCAAUCAUCAACUGCCAGGAAAGCGAUCUGGCGCCACAUUAUGAAUCCCAGAGAGAGUCAAUCCAGAAGAUCCGCAAGCUAUGGAACCCUGACUAUGCCCCGCCUUCCCGGGACCGAACUCCCCCCAGUAAACCCCAGGGAUCACCAGCAUCAUCCCGACCUCCUGAAGUUGAUACCACAGAUGUUAUGAUCAAGCAACCCGAGACGCGACCGAUAAGCCAAGAACAGCUCGUCGCCGAAGUCAAGGGCAUAUAUGCCGGCCUUGUAAUGGUUGAAAGCAAAUGUAUCGAGGUCGACAACGCGCAGAGCUCAACCUCAGCAUCUGAGACUACCCCGAGACUAAACAAUGAACAGUGGCAGGCUCUCAUAGCUUUACACCGUACAUUGCUACAUGAGCAUCACGAUUUCUUCUUGGCUUCGCAGCAUCCAUCAGCUAGCCUUGUUCUUCGGCGACUGGCUAGGCAAUACGGGAUGCCCGCCAGGAUGUGGCAUGGGGUUCACUCUUUUUUGGAAUUCCCUCCCCACGCUCCACCCGCCUCGCUUGAACAAAUGUUCACUUUCAUAUACUUAGCAUACCCCAUGAUGGCGUUGCUGUACGAAACAGUACCUACUUUUGAGGAUACCUGGAUUGAGUGUCUCGGAGACUUGGGCCGUUACCGGUACAUCCAAUGUCCCUCCAGCUUUUGA